ACACACACCUACAAUUUACGGUUAACGGCUAACUUGUGACGUCAUCUGAUUAAAUUAACUGGCGUCAGCUAACUAAUUAACUUGACCCAAAGCUUGGAGUUGUUUGGUGAUAAGCAAAUGGAUGAGAAAGAGCUGAGUGAUCCCCUGAAUAACGUAUCACUGAUUAAAGAUGACCUCACCAAGUCAAACAUGGGAUCAUCUGGUGACUCAGAAAAAAUUAUCCAGCGUUUGAAUGAUGAACUUCAGGCAGCCCAGAAGCUAGCUAAUACAGAGAAACACAAAUGCAUGGAGCUGCAAGGUAUCCUGGAGGAAGAGAGAAAAGACAAUAAACAACAAGCUGAUGAAUCUGCAAAACAGAUAAAACUUCUUCAAGGCCAGCUGCGGCAGCUCCAGGAUGAAAUGGGCAUUCUCAGAGAGCAGAUAGAUGACUCCGGUUCACGCGAUGAGUUACAAAGUUCACAAGAUGAGGUGAAGUCACUGAGACGUGCCCUAGAGGCAGCUGCUGCUGAGCGGGACCAUGACGUCAAUGCUGUCCAGACUAACCUGGCAACUGUGUCGAAGGAUCUGGACAAAUGGCGUCAGACUGCCAACAAAUAUGAGCGUGAGAUCGACAAUCUACAGCGUGACCUUCAGCAGCAGAGCAAGCAGUGGCAGAAAACGGCAGAAAUACAAGCCAGUGAGCUGCAGUCCAUGCAGGUGGAGUGUAAUGGCCUUCAGAAGGAGUGUUCUGUACUGCGAUCUGAAAAACAGGACAUGGUGAAUAAGCAUCAGAAAGAAAUGAGCAGUGUGCAAAGUGAGGGUGCUUCCCUCAGGGCCGAGAAGGAGGAACUCCUCAAGACUCACCAGAAAGUGUGCGCUGAGAAAGAGGGAGUGCUGCAGAAACAGCAGCAGCUGGAGAAGGACCUUGUCAGCUCGCGUGCCCAGAAUGCUGAGCUGAGCAAUAGCCUUAAAGCCCUAGAGAGAUCCCAGCAGGAGUUAGAGAAGAGGCUGAUGGCCCUGCAGCUCCAGCAGCAGCAAGAUAGCAGCAAGCUGCAAACCCAACUGGAUGAGGCAGACAGCCGCAGCAAGGCCCUGCAGAAAGAGUACGAGGAAGCUAAGACGGAGUUGUCUGACCUGAAGGAAAAAUACGAGAAGACUGAGCAGGAAAAGCAGUUGCUCACAGUUGAACUUGAGGAGUGCAAAGCCAACAUGAAGGACAUAGAGGAGAAAGGGACAAAGACUUCCCUAUUGCUGCCUGUUCAAGCCAUAGUCAUCGGCCUUAUCCUGGCUUUGCUGUAUUGGUGCUUCGGCGCAUUGUGGUAUCAAGGAAAUCCCUUCAAAGUGCCUGUGAAAAAAGGAUCUGAGGCAGAAGUCAAAGUCUGUGGUCCACAGCUGGAUCAGAAGUCUGAGUCAGGGGACACGCCACAGCUUGUCUCUCUCAUGACACCCAGUGCUAUGGCAGCUGAUCUGGAUGUUGUGAACCUGUUUAUCAUUGCUGGGGGAACACUGGCUAUUCCCAUCCUGGCCUUUGUCGCUUCCUUCUUUCUCUGGCCCUCAGCACUCAUUAAAGUGUAUUACUGGUACUGGAGGAGGACUCUAGGCCUGCAGGUGCGUUAUGCAGACUGCGGUGGCUAUCGCUUCUGUUACUCCUACAGAGGAAAGCCUGGGAUGAGACCCUCCAUUUUAAUGCUGCAUGGCUUCUCUACUCACAAAGACACCUGGCUCACUGUUGUCAAGUAUUUACCAAAACAUCUGCACAUUGUGUGUGUGGAUAUGCCCGGCCAUGAAGGAACAACACGCACCAACAGGGAGGAUUAUUCCAUUCAGGGGCAGGUCAGAAGGAUCCAUCAGUUUGUGGAAACCAUUCGCUUAAACAGGAAACCUUUCCAUCUGGUUGGAACCUCCAUGGGGGGAAACGUAGCGGGGGUUUACGCAGCCUGCUAUCCCUCAGAAAUCUGUAGCAUGACUCUCAUUUGUCCAGACGGUAUAAGACACCCAAGUGAGACCAAAUUUGACAAUCAUCUGCAGGACUUGGAGCACAGCAAUUACACAUUAAACAUCCCGCUGAUUCCUACCACACCCGAGGAGAUGGAGGACAUGUUCAAACUUUGUUCCCAUGUCCGCUUUAAAAUCCCUCAGCAGAUUCUCCAAGGAUUGGUAGAUGUCCGGGAGCCUCACAACACAUUUUACCAAGAGGUAUUCAUGGAGAUUGUUGAUGAGACUUCAAGAUACGCCUUACAGGAACACUUACAUCUGAUCACUGCACCUCUACAAGUGUUAUGGGGCAAACAAGACCAGGUGGUGGAUGUCUCUGGAGCUUCAGUCAUUGCAGAGAUGUUGCCUGGAUGCAGGGUGGACUUGCUGGAGAAUUGCGGCCACUCAGUGGUGAUGGAGAGGCCUUGUCGGACAGCCAAACUCAUCCUGGAGUUCAUCAUUUUGCAGCAAGAAGCCAGGGGAGGCACAAAGAAAUCUUCCUGAACCAAAGACUUUUAA